AUGGCGCAUUUGAACCUCCUCGUCUACCUCAUCAUGUGCCCCUUCAAUGUGAGGCACAUGCUGGAUGCGCCCAGCUUCCCAUUCCGGUUAGGAAGCAAAGCAGCAAGUGGUGAAACCUUCACGUAUGGAGCGACUGCAAGAGAGAACCUGGGGAGUUACUCUCCCGCACAUGACGAGCUAUACAUGUUAGAGUUAGCCAAAAUGUACUAUAAAAUUGUGUUAACAUAUAAGAAGGAUGUUAGGAAAGGACAGGAGGAGAGUUACAACUUGGUGGUAGGCUCCUUUGGGAAGGAAGCCAAAGGGGAGGUCUCCCUCCAAAGAGUUCUCAUCACAAAUGAUGCCGUGUACCUGUCGUACCAGGAUGUGCAAAACGAACGUGGGAUCCAAGUUAAGAUAAAAAGGGGGGAAAUAUCUUCCUAUUUAGACCUCCUAUCGUGGGAUUCUUGUUUGUAUAAGCUUAACUCAGACGAUUAUAAUUUAAUGAAGAGCGCAUCGGAUCAUAGCAAGCCAAUGGUGGUCAGCACAUACCACAUAUACAUGCUGCUGCUGGUGUUUUCUCUUUGCACUUACGUGGAGAAGAGCCUCCUGCUUGAAUUCCCUGCGUUGAAAAAGUGCCAAGUAUUUCUAACCCUAUGUUUGGUGUACUGCCCGAUAAUCAGUUACCUUUUUUUUUUUUACUCCCAUGUGAGCCUACUUGGGGUGUUACUCGUCUAUGUGUUUUUUUGCGGGCUCUUCAGGGGCGUCUCUUGCAGAAGGGGGGGGCAGCACAUGGGGGAGCAAACGGGCCAACACACGGGCGAUUGGCACACCAUCCGCGGCAACCCACAAGGUGAUGAUACGCAAGAGGAGAGACGCAAGUGUUUGGUCCAUAUGAGGCUAGCCAACCUGUGCAUCACCUACAUAUGCAUAUUCGCUGUGGACUUUUAUUUUUUCCCAAGGCAAUUUUCCAAGUCUUUUUUUUUUGGUAACACUUUGAUGGAUUUAGGGGUGGGGGGGUGCAUCACAUCGAGCGCGUAUUCUCUAAACAGUAAAAAGCUCCAUUCUGCGAACCGCAAGGGACACCUAAUCGAUUGGAAGCAUUUCAUUUUAUUUUUCCUUGGAAUAGCUAGAUACAUUGCAGUGAAGCUUUUCAAUUAUAAUUACAGCUUAACUGAGUAUGGGAUGCACUGGAAUUUUUUUCUUACUCUCUUUUUUACUCUCCUAACUUGUAACGCCCUACUCUGCUUGAUAAGAGGGGUUAAACGCACCUUUCACCUGAGCUGCGUCCUCAUCUGUUUGUAUGAAAUUAUAAUUUGGCGCCUGGACAUUACGAGUUAUUUAGUGGUUGACGAGGCAGAACGGAGCGGCUUUUUUUCGCAGAACAGAGAGGGCCUUAUGAACGUCAUCGGGUCCGUCAAUUUGUACCUCUUUUCGUUUUCGCUAUGGAAUGGCUAUGUGUUUCCGGAUGAGGGGCAGCAGUGGGAGCGAGGAAAGGCGGCGCGAAGACCGGAUGAGGCGGCGCGAACGCCGGGGGAGGGACAUGGCCAGCGCUCCCCUGUCCGCCUCACCCUGAAGUUGCUUGCCCUGUCCCUCCUCUUCCACCUGCUGCACCUGCUGUUGAAUUACUACCGAAAUUACAGUGUGCGCAUCCUUUGCAACGCGAACUACAUAUGUGUUGUCUCCUCCGUGAGUCUCUUCGCGGCUGCCCUGAGCUACCUCGUAGAGAAGGUACUCCUCCGCGAGAAGACCACCACCAUCCCAGUUUUGCAACAAAUGAACCGGCACUCCCUGGCAGUGUUCCUCUUUUGCAACGUAACAAUGGGCACUUUCAACCUCCUCUUUCAGUCUCUCUUGUUUCCCCUAUUUUUUGCGUGCCUCGUUUUGGCGGCGUACUCCUAUGGCAUGUUGCGCUUCGCCUCCCUGUUGCCCGGCCCCGCGCAGGGGGAGAAGGGAGAGAAGCGGGAGAAGCAGCAAUAA